AUGGAGGACUAUUUCGCUCCCCGAACAUGCCACGGACGACAGUGGAUGCCGGGGAUGGGCAAAAUCGCACGAAGUGGACGCAGAUUCACUCGGGUAGAUCCAUACCUGCGCUCAAUUUGUACAUACACGGGUGUUUGUUAUUCACAUCAAUAA